AUGGACGGGGACGAUGAGCUUAUGGCCACGGUCUACCGCAAGAUCGAGCGGGAAAAGGCCCUUAUCAACGCUGCAACCAAUAUGCGGCAGUCGACAGAUAACCCCGCUGUGCAGCAAAGAGUCGAUGCAAACAUCCGCGACAGCCGUAAAAAUAUCGUCUAUCUAGAGGAGAAGAUGCGGGAACUUCAGCUUCGCAAAAUGGGUCGGGAUGAUGGCCAGUCACCUUCCGAACAGCCUGGUUCUCCAACGAGUCCCCGAGGCGGUCCCCGUGGGUACAUCGGUGGACCCCCACUUCCACCAAAGGAUGAUACUGGUCGCUAUAUCCUAAAUGAUAGAGUUGACUAUGGGAGCGUUGGUCCGGGCGGGUAUAACCUGGGUGGAACUGGAGCCAUGUCUUCCCGUGUGCCAUAUGGUGACUCCAGACCUGAUGAUACUGUGCCAAAAGCACGACCAAAUUUUAGCAAAUUAGGCAAUUAUAUUUUCUGGGAUACAGAUUUGAUUAAAUACGAUACCCCAUAUCUUGGCCCCAAGAUCCAACUUAUGUUAUCGCAAUUAGAGUUCAAGCUAAGUGUUGAGAAACAGUACAAAGAUGGAAUUGAGAAGAUGGUACGAUUAUACCAAGACGAGGGAGAUCGAAAGAGCAAGGCGGAUGCAGAGGGACGACGGAUUGAGAGCAUUCAGAAAAUCAGGCUUCUGAAGCAGGCCCUGAAACGAUACGAGGAUCUCCACAUUGAUAUUGCGUCCUCUACUGAUCAUCCUGACGACGAGAGUUUGAAUUCACCAAAUAUUAGAAAACCGCUCACUGGUAAUUUAACAAUGCGUAUCCACGCGGUGAAAGAUGUCGAUCAUGCUGCAAGCUCUCGAUUUUCACGCGGUCCCGAAACAUUCGUUAUUAUGAAAGUGGAAGAUGCCAUAAAGGCAAAAACUAGAGCAACCCGCACUGAUAGAUGGACAGAAGAGACUUUCAGCGUGGAUAUUGACAAGGCGAACGAGAUAGAGCUAACUGUUUAUGACAAAUCUGGAGAUCGACCAACCCCAAUUGGAAUGCUUUGGAUUCGGAUAUCUGACAUCUCGGAAGAGAUGCGCCGGAAAAAGAUCGAGUCAGAAUUUAAUGCUUCUGGUUGGGUUUCCGCUGAUAAAAUGGAACAUGGUGGUAGUAGUGCUAUCAGACCAGAUGGUCACUUCCAUAGCACAAAUUCACAGACGUUUGCUGUUGGACAAAAAGGAGGAGAACCCAAUACUCAGAUGAAUCCCAAUGCAACAGUUAUGAUUGACUCGUGGUUUGCACUGGAGCCAGUCGGUAGAAUACACCUUACAAUGAGCUUUGCAAAGCAAUUGAAAGAUCGUCGGCCAUUUGAUAUCGGUCUCAAUCGGCAAGGUGCUGUUCGUCAGAAGAAGGAAGAGGUACAUGAGAAGCAGGGACAUAAGUUCAUCACACAGCAGUUCUACAACAUUAUGCGCUGCGCUCUCUGUGGAGAUUUCUUGAAGUAUGCCGCCGCAAAGCGAAUUACGAAACGGAUCCAGAUGAAGAAAAAAUCAACCACCGUAUUCCCCACCGCUUCGAGGGUUAUUCGAAUAUCUCUGCCAGCUGGUGUUGCCACUGUGGCUAUCUGUUACCAUUUGGCCGCAAGAAUGCCAAAAAGUGCUCAGUGUGCGCAUCUUGUACCUGACUUCUGCGGCAUGUCAAUGGAAGUUGCGAACCAAAUUUUGGAGACCCUCAUUAGGACCAAGAAUCAUAAUAAAUCCGUCUCAGCGGGAGGGACCGGAAUGAGUUCCCGCUCGUUACGUCCUGGUAGUCGCCCGCAACAAGGAAGUGAAGGUGGCCAGAAGCCACAGGAUGCUGCAUAUGGACAACCACCAAAACCAGUUUCUGCGGAUGCGGUCAGCGCAGCCCAUAGCUCAUAUUCCCCUCAGACCCCUGUUGGACAGCCCAGACAGGGUCAACCUCACACCUCUACUUCGAACGCGGCAGCAGCAGCAGCCGCUGCUGUAGCAGGAAUGCGUCCAUCUUCACAACAGGGCUCAUCAUCUUACGACAGAGCCCCAGAUUAUACCAGUGGAAGAUCAGGGGAGCGUCAUGGAAUGGAUCCUCGUAACGAUGUCGAGGCUGGCCGACAAACCCACCAGCAGCCGCUGCAACAUGCCCAUUACGACCCUAGUGCUUAUGCAAGUGUAAGCACGUACAGCCAGCAGCCACAACUACCGCCGUUACAGAUUGCGCAACAAUCUACUCCCUAUGGCCUAGCUCAACACACCCCAAUAUCAAACCAGAACUCUAUGGCAGGGCUUCCAAUGAAGGAAUCCCACUCAGGACCAGUUGUUACCCAGCAGCCACAACCUCAGCAACCGAAGCCGAAGGUUGGCCUGGAUCACUUCAACUUCCUUGCUGUUCUUGGAAAGGGAAACUUUGGCAAGGUUAUGCUUGCUGAGACGAAGGCUUCCAAGAAGCUGUAUGCCAUCAAGGUUUUGAAGAAGGAAUUUAUCAUUGAACAUGAUGAAGUGGAGAGCACUAAGUCAGAAAAACGGGUGUUUCUGAUUGCUAACAAAGAACGACAUCCUUUCUUGCUCAAUCUCCAUGCCUGCUUCCAGACAGAGACUCGUGUGUACUUCGUCAUGGAGUAUAUUUCUGGUGGUGAUCUCAUGCUUCAUAUCCAACGUGGCCAAUUUGGCUUGAAGCGGGCACAGUUCUAUGCCGCUGAAGUCUGCUUGGCUCUGAAAUAUUUCCAUGAGAACGGUGUGAUCUAUCGUGAUCUGAAACUCGAUAAUAUUCUCCUGGCGCUUGAUGGUCACAUCAAGAUUGCAGAUUACGGCUUGUGUAAAGAGGAAAUGUGGUACGGUUGUACCACUAGUACAUUCUGUGGUACCCCUGAAUUUAUGGCUCCAGAAAUCCUCUUGGAUAAAAAAUAUGGCCGCGCAGUUGACUGGUGGGCAUUUGGGGUUCUCAUAUACCAGAUGCUUCUCCAACAAUCCCCGUUCCGUGGUGAAGACGAGGACGAAAUCUACGAUGCGAUUUUGGCAGAUGAGCCGCUAUAUCCCAUUCACAUGCCGCGCGACUCAGUGUCGAUUUUGCAAAAGCUAUUGACUCGGGAGCCGGAGAUGAGACUUGGAUCAGGCCCAACCGACGCUCAGGAGAUCAUGUCUCAUGCUUUCUUCCGGAAUGUUAACUGGGAUGAUAUAUACCAUAAGCGCGUACCCCCGCCAUUCUGCCCGACCAUCUCUAGUCCUACGGACACGAAUAACUUCGACCAAGAAUUUACGAGCGUAACACCAGUGUUAACACCUGUGCAAUCCGUCCUCUCACAAGCGAUGCAGGAGGAAUUCCGCGGUUUUUCAUAUUUCGCUGAUUUCGUAUGA